AUGAUUGGUUCAGCAGUGGGCGGUGCAGGUGGUGCUGCUGCAUCAACCAAUAGAAAAGACCGUACUGCGGCUGCAAUUGGUGGUGGUUUAGGUGGUGUUGGUGGCUAUACCCGGGUGGUUCAGUUCUUGGUAAAAAAGUUUCUCAAGACCGCCAUGCAGAUCAACAUGGUUAUCCUACCGUGGGGCGACAUGGAUGUCGCCAUGUUGGGUGGGGGCAACUCAACCAAUACAGCAUUAACAUCUGCACUUGGUGGUGUGGUGGGUGCUGCGAUUGGCCAACAAAUGGGUGGUUCAACAGGCGCUAUGAUUGGUUCUGCAAUCGGUGGUGGUGUUGGCGCAGGCGCUUCAUCGAAUAAACGUGACCGUAAUGGUGCGAUCAUUGGCGGUGCUUUAGGUAGUGCUGGUGGUUAUACCGUAGGUCGUAAUGUGACGGGUACUUCGACUGGUGGUUAUAUUGGCGCGGGUCUUGGUGCUGCAGGUGGUUCUGCAUUAGGUCAAAAAGUCAGUGACGACCGUCGUUAUGAUGACCGCUAUGACAGCCGUUAUGGACGUUACAAUGAUCGUUAUGAUCGUAGCGGUUAUCAUACCGCAUUAAAGAAUACGAAGUUCUCUAUCCUAGAACUCGCACCUGUUCGAGAAGAUCAAACAGUUGAGUUUUCACUUAAGCAUGCAUUGCAACUUGCCCAGCAUGCAGAACAAUUGGGCUUUGAUCGCCUUUGGUUAGCUGAACAUCAUAAUAUGGACGGUAUCGCCAGCUCCGCAACUGCUGUAUUGCUGGGUUACAUCUUAGCCAACACAAAAAAUAUUAAAGUGGGCUCGGGAGGGAUUAUGUUACCCAACCAUGCACCCUUAGUUGUUGCUGAACAGUUUGGUACCUUGGCGACACUCUAUCCAAAUCGUAUUGAACUCGGCUUAGGUCGUGCGCCUGGAACUGAUCCAACCACCAUGCGUGCAUUAAGACGUGGUCGUCAAGAAACUGAAGAGCAAUUUCCACAAGAUGUUUUAGAAAUUUUAAGCUAUUUCGCGGACGCAGUGCCUCAGCAAAGAAUUAAAGCAACACCAGGGCAAGGUACGCAUGUGCCUGUAUGGCUUUUAGGGUCGAGUCUUUUUAGCGCACAACUGGCGGCUAAAUUAGGACUUCCUUAUUCAUUUGCCUCACAUUUUGCACCGAGAAUGUUAGGCCAAGCCAUUCAGCUCUAUCGUGACAAUUUUGAACCAUCCGCCUAUUUAGAUAAACCGUUUGUAUCUAUGGGUGUGCCUACUGUGGUUGCCCAAACCGAUGAGGAAGCGGAGUAUCUAGCCACAAGUGUGUAUCAACGUAUUCUUGCAUUACUGACAGGACAAAGUUUAAAACUGAAACCGCCUGUAGCAACAAUGGAAGGCCGAUGGUCUGCAUCAGAGAAAAUGUCCGUACAAAACUUCUUGGGUCGAGAGCUGGUUACAGCCGAACAAUGGCCAAAACUUAAAGACUUUAUGGCAGAUCUGAUGUGGAUUGAGCAUGUAGGUGCCCGUGCAUUUUCGGCAAUGUCAAAAAAAGCGCCAACAGCAACUUUACGGGAGAUGUACGCCAUCUUCCAUGCCGAAGAGCAACGCCAUGCCAAUGCAGAAAUGGCGCUCAUGAAACGUUGGGGAAUGUUAGAUGAUACCUAUGCCGAUGAAAUGCCUUUUUAUAUUUUAGGCGCAGUGAUUCCCAUGCUUGAAGUGGCUUUGGAUGGCGCUUUAUGUGUGGGUUUCAGUGUAAUGGAAGCACAAGGGAUCAAUAAAAGCGUCAUUGAGCUUGCCCAAAUGGCUGCACGAGUAGUCGACCCACGUUUGAUGCUGGCUCGGACUUCCUGA